AUGCUUCAGCAGGACACGAUUACGUCUCAAGCUAUUAAUAUUGGUACAUUUUUUCUUCUUCUAUCUCCUCUAUUUUUGGUGCUUAAGCCGAUUAUCGUAGUAAGCUUCAUUGUAUUACCACCGAUUUCUCUAUGGAUUUUAUACAAUUAUUUACGAUUACCAUGCGCACAAGGUCAUUUGAAAUUUGACAAUAUAAUAAUUGCACAUAGGGGUGGACGACCGUUGUUACUAGACAGUGUUAUUGACGAUUCAGAUUUUCCUGAAAAUACAUUGGCUGCUUAUAAAUGGGCAUCAAAAUGCCAAGGAGCUCAAGCGAUUGAAUUAGAUGUAUGGCUAUCAAAAGAUCAUGUAGCGGUAGUUGUUCAUGAUUCACAUUUGGCCGACACACUAAUAAGUUGCCAAGGUAGGAGUAAAACAGUCGAAAGUCGAAUUACACGGCGUAGUGUGAGAGAGCGUCUCCCAAUGCUUGUGAAAAUUUUAAUCUAA